ACAGAAAACAACUACUCCACAAAAAUCCUUAAAAUUCAUCAAAAAUAUCACUAAAACUUGUAAAAAUCAUCACAUUUUCAAUAAAAAGAAGAAAUUUUCUAUCAAAAUCCAUAAAAUCUUGAAAAUUCGCCAUCAUGCGAUCAAGAAGAGCAAAGAAGCAACCUGCGCCACAAACUGAAACAAUUGUUGAAGUAAAAAUACCUGAAGAGCUUUUGAAUACAGACGACAUCAACUUCAAACUCAACAAAAACCCAGAAUUUCUCGACACAAACGAGAUUUUACCAAAUUCUGAUGCAUUUCCCGCGGAUUCUGAAUUCAUUAUUUCACUCAAAAAUUCAAUUCGAGACUUGGAAGGUACUGAAAAUGCCGCAAAACGUUCGGAAAUGUUCAAAAAUCUCGUUGCGAAAAUCGUUGCCGGCACUUACGACACUGAAGAAAAAUAUUUUUGGCUAAUUUCUUGCGUCGCUCGGUUAUUUUUGCAAAAGGAACGUACCAAUAGUCUCAUUUUAGAGUCGGAAAUCUUACAAAAAUGGAAUUCCAACACUUUUUACUGUCCCGCCAAACUUCAUCUCAUCGCAAAAGAAAUUUUUCAAGUCGCCCGAGGAAACACUUUUGGCGUCGCUCUGCUCGUUUCGAAGUUAAAUCACGUCAACGCAGCUUUUCAUUAUCUUUGCAUCACUCUCGUCUCGGCUGUGAUCAACAAAAUUCACACAAAACGCGAUCCCGAAGUGUUUCAACCUCACAAACCCUCGGAUUUGGUGCCGAUUUUGACGAAAUCCGCAAUGCCCAGUUUGAGUUUUGAGGAAUUUCAUCAAAUGCUGAAGAUGGUUUCGUUGUACAAUUGUUUGGUUGUGAUGAAUAGGAGUUUGGAGGAGACGCAUGCCGCAGAUUUGGUUAAAAUUUUGACGAAAGGAAGAAAGUCGUACGUUGAAGCAGCGAAAAAGUGGUUGAAAGAUGCCUCGAAUUACGUGGAGAAGCUCAGACAGAAAAAGCAGUUUUGUUCGUGGCUGAUAGAUUUGAACCAGCAAAUCGUGAUGGAGUUGCAAUAUGGCUUGAGGGACGCUGUGGAAGAAGCGAAAGUGUAUCGUGAUGAUGAUUUGUGAUAUUUUUAAGGAUUUUGAAUGAUUUAAGAAAUUAAAAU